AGAAGACCGCGCUAAAGAAGUGCGCCUCUCGUCUCUUUUCUCAUUUGUCUUUUCACGAGUAGCCGUUCUGUGCAACUCUGAAUCUCACGACCGCGGGACGGCUUCGCUGGAUAUACGUGGUUUUUUCCCCAAGCUAAUUUCCGCACGUGAUCUUCUCGUGUGUGGUCAGCUUUACGCACAGCAUUCACUCGCACAGUCACUGAUUUAGAAAUAUCUAUAUAUAAUCAACAGAGCAACGCAAUGACCACCGACUACGAUAACAUGCCGCGUGAGAAGCGACUCACCCCGGAGGAAAUGGAGCGGCACAUCGCACGGCUCACCGCACCACGCCCCCCAACAGAGAUUCGUGAUCCCUUCGAGGUUUGCCCCACCAGGCACAUUGAGUCUGAAGAGCUAGCCAAGAUGACUGACCGGCUCUACACGCAGAGUUUACAGCGGAAGGCGGCCUCGGUGGCAGAGGCGGAGAAAGCGAUGUAUGGCAACAACAAAGGCGGUGCGAGGAACGCCGCCGGUGAGGUUGUGAAGCUCUCCCCCGAGGAGGAGGAGAUGGUCGUGACGCGUCUAUACACGCAGUCGCUGCAGCGCAAACAGGCGAACAUGGAGCAGCUGAAGGCACAGUUUCUGUUUCACCCUGCCGAUCCAGCAAAGAAGGUACCACUGGAUGUGUUUGUGCAGCACAUGUACAAUGACCGAUUGGAGGCGAAGAAGAAAACGGCAAAGCGCCUGCACGACUUAUACAUCGUGCCGACAGAGAUCCGCACCGGGACCAUCACCCAUGCCCAGGUCGCGGAGUCGGCGAACCGCCUCAGCACAACGAAGGCGAGAACGUAA